GUGGACGCUUGGCGUUGGCGCAUGCGUGCUGUGGGCGCUGGUGCGGGACAGCUGGCGCCGGCUGCAGCCGAGGGGGCUGGAUUCGGUGAGCAAGGCGGUGGCCGUGGCGGCCCGGAGCGCGCUACGCUGCAGGGAGCUGCUGUAGACGCUUCGUGCGAGGAAGAAGAAAGCUCCACCGCCGUCGGUCCCUUCCUCACUUUUGGAAAUGGCGGGUGAAAUCACAGAGACUGGGGACCUCUACUCUCCCUACGUCGGACUGGUGUACAUGUUCAACCUCAUCGUGGGCACCGGCGCGCUCACCAUGCCCAAGGCCUUCGCCUCCGCCGGGUGGCUUGUCAGCCUGGUCCUGCUGGUGUUCCUGGGCUUCAUGAGCUUCGUGACGACCACCUUCGUGGUGGAGGCCAUGGCCACCGCCAACGCGCAGCUCCACUGGAAGAGGAUGGAAAACCACCAGGAGGAGGAGGACGACAGCUCCUCCACAGCCUCCGACAGCGAUGGCCUGGCCCAGGACGGCUACGAGCGGGCGGAGACCCGGCCCAUCCUGUCCGUGCAGAGACGCGGCUCCGCGAACCUUUUUGAAAUCACAGACCGGGUGGAAAUGGGACAGAUGGCCUCCAUGUUCUUCAAUAAAGUGGGGGUCAACCUGUUCUACUUCUGCAUCAUCGUCUACCUGUACGGGGACCUGGCCAUCUACGCCGCGGCCGUGCCCUUCUCCCUCAUGCAGGUGUCCUGCGCCGCCACCGGCAACGACUCCUGCGGCGUGGAGGCCGACGCCAAGCACAACGACACGGACCAGUGCUGGGGGCCCCUGCGCCGGGUGGACGCCUACCGCAUCUACCUGGCUGUCUUCACCCUCCUCCUGGGACCCUUCACCUUCUUCGACGUCCAGAAGACCAAGUACCUGCAGAUCCUGACCUCCCUGAUGAGGUGGAUCGCCUUCGCCGUCAUGAUCGUGCUCGCCCUGGUCCGCAUCGGGCGCGGGCGCGGGGAGGGGCGCCCGCCGCUGGCCGACCUCUCCGGCGUCCGGAACCUGUUCGGCGUGUGCGUGUACUCCUUCAUGUGCCAGCACUCCCUGCCGUCCCUCGUCACGCCCGUGUCCUCCAAGCGCCACCUCACGCGCCUGGUCUUCCUGGACUACGUGCUGAUCCUCUGCUUCUACGGCCUCCUCUCCUUCACCGCCAUCUUCUGCUUCCGCGGCGACAGGCUCCUGGACAUGUACACCCUCAACUUCGCGGGCUGCGACGUGGUGGGCGUGGCCGCCGUGCGCUUCUUCCUGGGCCUCUUCCCGGUCUUCACCAUCAGCACCAACUUCCCCAUCAUCGCCGUGACCCUGCGCAACAACUGGAAGACCCUCUUCCACCGCGAGGGGGGCACGUACCCCUGGGUCGUGGACCGCGUGGUGUUCCCCGUCAUCACGCUGGUGCCCCCGGUGCUGGUGGCCUUCUGCACCCACGACCUGGAGUCUCUGGUGGGCAUCACGGGGGCCUACGCGGGCACCGGCAUCCAGUACGUCACCCCCGCCUUCCUGGUGUACUGCUGCCGCAAGGACGCCGCGCUGGCCUUCGGCCUGGGGACGGUCAACAAGCACAGGUCGCCCUUCCACCACACCUUCUGGGUGGGCUUUGUGCUGCUCUGGGCUUUCUCCUGCUUCUUCUUCGUCACCGCCAACAUCGUGCUCAGCGAGACCAAGCUCUGAGGGCAGGCGCGUCUGCUGACCCGGGGGGUGGGGCCAGCCGGGCCCCACCCUGUCCCUCCGCCCCCAGAGCCUGUGUCUGGUUGCCUCCCUGGGCUCCAUGGGCGGGCAAGGCCGGGCUCUUGGCG